UGCAAGGGUUUCUGCUCUUCCAAACUUUGAUGCUUCUUGGACAUAAUGCACUGGGGAGUCAAAUCAUAAAAGGCAGAAAGGCUGAGAAAAAGCAGAUGAUGUAUAUGGCAUCAGUGCAAAACAACAAUGGACAUAUAUGUGGAGGUUUCCUUGUCAGUGAAUAUUUUGUAAUGACUGCAGCGCACUGUGCUCCUAAGAAUCCUACAAGUGUUGUUCUCGGCACUCACAAUCUCAAAAAGGUUGAUGACACAAUGAGAUAUGAUGUGAAGAUGUGCAAACAUUCUUUUAAGGAUGUUCUAUCUGGAAAUGACAUCAUGCUUCUCAAACUGUCCAGGAAAGCUCGCCUGGAAGGAAACAAAGUUAUUAAGCCAAUUAAACUUCCACAUCCAAAAAUUAAUCUAAAGGAAAACAAAACCUGCAGUGUAGCUGGAUGGGGGGCCAUAAAAAGUAACGGUGAAAAUGUUGACGAGCUGCAAGUGGUGGAUGUCCCCAUCAUUAACAAGGACAGGUGUCAGAGUGCUUGGCAGAAUAUGCUUCCGGCUAAAGUUAUUUGUGCAGGUGGAUACUUUAAAAACAAAGGAAUCUGUCAGGGUGACUCUGGUGGCCCUCUCGUGUGUGACAAUUUGGCAGUUGGUGUCGUUUCCUUUAACAACAACAAAAUCUGUGACUAUCCGAAUGUCCCCAACGUUUAUACGGACAUAUCAAAAUUCCUUUCUUGGAUCAAACCCAUUCUUAAGAAAAAGAAAUGCUAAUAAUCUCUGGCUCUCUUCCACAGUGCGUCUUUUGUCCUACCUUCCUUCCCUGGGCUCCAACCAGUCAUGAUCAUUUUGUUAGACCUCAAUGGAAGUUUUUAGCGAAAUCAGAGCUAGAUUUUCACCAUUAGGGGGCAGUGUUCAAUUAACUUUUCACAUCUGUCAGAAACAAGAAAAUGGAGAGUUUGGUGUGAGAUCAGAAUAGUGUGUGGUGAGAACCAUUUACUGACUGAAAGAAGGUUCUGGGUUUAAAGUUCCUUGUUGGCCGAGGCUUUCUCUCAUAGUUUACCGACACACUUGUUUGCUUAAUUGAUGAUUUUAGAUUUUACAGUGAAUGAUUUUCUGUAUCCUUGUGUCACGCCUGCAAACAACUUGCAGGCUGUCCAGGAUGUACCUUCCCUCUCACACUAUGAUAGCCAACUCUUCCUUCUUGACACCAAUCAACAGCACCUCCUCUGUGAGAUUACUGUUCAUGUUUCCAUAUGAAUAUCAUUUGCAUUCAUUUCAUGCAGAGAAAUGUAAUCCUGAGUCAAGAUGUUCUGUUACACUGUCAGGUGUCAGGAAUGAUUAAAUCUCUUUAAGCAUUUUUGCAUUACAGUGAGUCCAAAAGCAAAAAA